AUGAUGGCGCCUGAGGCACACAGGAUGGACAUUUUGCCCCCACCGCAUUUGCCUUACGAUGUUCUAGACUUCAUGCAGACCACGGAUCUUGUGCUUGACGAUAUCGAAACCCUGGAAUUCGACUUCGAUGCCGGUUUUCCUUCCUUCUUCGAGGGUCUCGAGACCGCCGAGACGAGACAGCAGACAGACCAGAAUGACGGGCCCGAAAUAGGCCAAGAUGCUGAAGAGACAGCUUCGCGGCGCGAGGCUUUCGAAAGAUCUCCUUGGUUUUGGAAACCAUCAUCCGCCCAGAAUGCAUUCAGUGAUCAUCCGCGAAUGCCCCUCGAGAGCGACAACGUCGACGUUGCUGCAUCUCCCCACUGGCCCUAUUCCGUCGAUCUUAUCAUCCAGGAUAAACUCAGCCAGCAGACCAGGGAUCGAAUCCUUCAGCUCGUGAUCCAGACCGUCGGAUCAAAAGUAUCUAUUCCAUCGUUCCCGUCCGCCAAAUUCUUGGAUAUCUUGAUCAAGAAUGGAAUAGCAAAGAAAUUGGAGACCGACGCUUGGAUCCAUCCGCAUACUCAUGUUUCCCAGACCACGAGGGCAGAGCUUCUCACUGCCCUUAUUGCAGCUGGAUGUGUCUGCUUUGGUAUCAUGGCUGUCGGUAAAACAGGGGGUUUGCUUCAGGAAAUAGUCAGGGUGGCCCUAAGUAAUUUAGUUGAGAAGGACAACAGCGUCCUUCGGGACUUACAGUAUCUUCAAGCCUACAUGAUAUGGAUUGAUAUCGGCAUUUGGUGCGGCUAUAAGAGACAGAUGGAGAUUGCCGAAAGCAACUUGCAACCUCUUUGCACGGCUUUGAGAAAGGCCGGCGCAUUCAACAAGUCUUUCUACAAACGUAUCAUCCCAUCACCCGACGAUGAUGAUGCCACGCUGGAACAAAAGUGGAGGCAAUGGGUGGAACAAGAAUCGUACAAACGGCUCGUCUACCAUUUAUUCGAACACGACAUUCUGGUAGCAUUUACUAUGACCCGCAAUCCACUGACCUCCUAUUCAGAGUUCAGUGUCCCGUUUCCCGCGGAAAGAGAUAUCUGGCUCGCGCCGUCCCCGUCUGCCUGGAGAGCCAUUCACCUCUCUAAAGUCCGGGCCCCUGACCCGGUCUUCAACUCACUAAGAGACAUCCUCAUAAAGCCCGACCGCCUCAACACCCUAUCCGGCGAUGCCGACUUCGACAGGGCGACCUCAAUCUUCGUCCACGGUGUCGGGGCAAUGGUCUGGGACUACCGGAAACAAGCAUCCAUCACGCAAGAGAGCUCAUCCCACGACGAUCCCACCGCCCACCUCUGGCUCCAAAGCCGGCGGCAAGAGCUCUCCACCCUCCUCCAAACCCUCCAAACCACCCACCCCCGCGCCCCCGCCGUCCUCACCCUCCUCGCCGAGUUCCUCCAAAUGCACCUGCACGCCUCGCUCGACGACAUGCAGCGCUUCGCCGGCAAGUACGGCGAGGCCGAGGCGCGCCGCGCGUGCGCGAGUAUGCUCGUCAACAAUAACAACAACGAUCCCAACUCCUCCAACUCCGACUUCUCAUCAUCAUCAUGGCCCACCACGCGCGCCUCCCGCACCGCCGUCUGGCACGCCGGCCAGGUCCUCCGCGCCGCCCGCAGCGUCCCGCCGUACCAGCUGCGCGGCGCCGAUGCCAUCGCCGUCUACUACGCCGCCCUGACGCUGUGGGUGUGGGCCGUGCUGAGGGAGAGGAUGACGGCAUCGGCGGGGGCGGUGACGACGACGAUGACGGACGGGACUGGUGGUGGUCGUGGUGGUGGGGUGGUGCAUAGCAUGCAUACAGACCUCGUAGUAGGUGGCAGCGCGGGUGCCGCGGGUGCCGCGGACAGCGUGGGCGCGCAUGGUACGGUCCCGGUGCGGCUGGAUGGCGCCAAGGGCCGGGAGCAGGAGGCGUUUCUGGCGCACGGCGUCGGGACGCCGGUGCUGGGCUUCGACUGGCAUCGAGAACGUGCAGGAGAGGAGGAGGAGGCUGACGGGAGAACACGGCGGCUGCGGCGGCGGCAGCAGCAGCAGCAGCAGCAGCAGGAACAGGAACAGGAAGAAGGUGGGAGUAGCAGUCGUGACGGAAGAGGAGGAUUUGUCGAGAUCCAGCCAAGCCAGGUCAUGCGUGUGGGCGCGCAGGUGCUGGAGGGCAAUUAUCCGAAUUCAGGGAAGGAUGAGUUGCCGCCCAUGAUUAUGAGCCUGCGGAAUCUGAUGAGGGAUUUGGGGAGGUCUCCGUGA